AUGAGUAACAUUUACAUCCAGGAGCCGCCUACGGAUGGAAAGGUUCUGUUGAAGACCACCGCCGGCGACAUCGACAUUGAGCUGUGGUCGAAGGAGGCACCGCUGGCCUGUCGGAACUUUGUUCAGCUCUGUCUGGAGGGCUACUACGACAAUGUCAUCUGGCACCGGCUGGUGAAGGGCUUCAUCGUGCAGACGGGCGACCCGUCGGGCACCGGUCUGGGCGGGGAGUCCGUCUACGGGCGGCCCUUCAAGGAUGAGUUCCACUCGCGACUGCGCUUCGUUCGGCGGGGACUGGUUGCGCUGGCCAACGGCGGCAUGGCCGACGAUAAUGGCAGCCAGUUCUUCAUCACCCUCGAGGGGACGCCGGAGCUGCAGAACAAGCACACCAUCUUCGGCAAGGUGACCGGCAACACGCUCUACAACAUCCUCCGACUAGGCGAGGGAGAGGUGGACCGCAAUGAGCGACCCCUCUACCCGCACAAGAUCCUCUCCACGGAAGUCCUCAGCAACCCCUUUUCGGACAUUGUGCCGCGUGAGAAGCCCAAGAAGAGGGUGGAGAAGACGAAGGAGGAGAAGGCGCGCUCCAAUGUGAAGGCGAGCAAGAACUUUGCCCUGCUCUCCUUUGGAGAUGAAGCUGAAGAGGAGGAGGAGGAGAUUAGCCGAGUGUCAACUGCGUUUCGUGGUAAAAGCAAGAGCAGUCAUGACCUGCUAAAAAAUGACGCCAAAUUGAGCUCGGUGCCGGUCGUUGAUGAGAGUGAACUGAACGAGAAUGGACGAAUUGAGGAAAGUACCGCAAAGUCUGAUGAUGAUUACGAUGGCGAUGACAGUGAAUCUGACACGAGAAACAAGAGAAGACUCAGCAAAGUUAAGGAAAAGCUAAAUGCGAGAAAAAGGACAUUACAUCGAAAUGACUCCAACAGUGACGACGAAGUGGAAGAAUUCACUGACCUGAUUGAGGAAGAACGAAACUUGAAGAAACAUAAAGAGAUUGAAAAGGCAAAAGAUGAGUUCAGCAAAAUCAAGAAGCAGAUGCUGAAAGACUUGCGAAAGGACCAGAAUGUAGCCAAAACGGUGGUGAAGGAGGAAAACAGCGCCGUGGCGGAGUUUGAAGAGGAGGCGAAUAAGUUUAAAGAAAUCAGCAAAAAGAUUCCGAAGAAGGGACAGGGCCGGGAGGAGAUGUGCUGGGAGAUGCUUCAGAACUUCAAAAAACGGCUUCAAGGCAGCAAAAAGACUUUAGAAGGAGGUAGCAGUGACGACAAGGAACCAAAGGAGAAGGAGGAAUCAACAGGAGCAGGCAGCAGUAGCAAAGCAGCUUGGCUGGCCCACAAAAUGACCUGCACCGGAGAGGACGAGAUUGUCCUCGCUCGCGAUGCGAACAUUCGCAACGAAGAGGACUGGUAUGACAUCUACGACCCGCGGAAUCCUAUCAACAAAAGACGGCGCGAAGGAGUGUAA